AUGGUUGUUUUUGUCAUAAUGACUGAUGACCAGAUCUUUCUCCCACCAGUGGUUCACUCAGCUCAGGGUCACUAUGCCCAGAAGCUUCUGAAUGAUUUGAUGGACAAUUAUUCCAGCGCCCUGCGGCCUGUGGAGGACACAGACAGCGCCCUCAACGUUACCUUACAGAUCACUCUCUCUCAGAUCAAAGACAUGGAUGAGAGGAACCAGGUGCUCAUCGCCUACCUGUGGAUUAGGCAGACGUGGCAUGACGCUUACCUGAAGUGGAAUAAAGAGGACUAUGAUGGACUGGAAGUCAUUCAUAUCCCCAGCAGCCUGGUGUGGAGGCCUGAUCUUGUCCUCUAUAAUAAAGCUGACGAUGACUUCUCAGGGCCAAUGGACACCAAUGUGAGACUGCGUUACAAUGGAGAGAUAACCUGGGAUGCUCCCGCCAUCACCAAGAGCUCCUGUGUGGUGGACGUCUCCUACUUCCCCUUUGAUAGCCAGGAAUGUAACCUGACUUUUGGUUCUUGGACCUACAAUGGUAACCAGGUAGACAUCAUUAUGGGAAUGGACAGCGGUGACCUGUCAGACUUUGUGGAAAAUGUAGAAUGGGAGUGCCACGGGAUGCCGGCCACCAAGAAUGUCAUCAUGUAUGGCUGUUGCUCUGACCCAUAUCCAGACAUCACGUACACCGUGCUCCUGCAGCGCCGCUCCUCCUUCUACAUCUUCAACCUCCUCCUUCCCUGCUUCCUUAUCUCCUUCCUGGCUCCUCUGGGGUUUUACCUGCCUGCAGACUCUGGGGAGAAGGUUUCCCUCGGCGUGACGGUUCUUUUGGCUCUCACUGUGUUUCAGCUAAUGGUGGCUGAGAGCAUGCCUCCGUCAGAGAGCGUGCCGCUUAUAGGGAAGUACUAUAUUGCCACUAUGACCAUGGUCACAGCCUCCACAGCUCUCACCAUCUUCAUCAUGAACAUCCACUUCUGUGGUGCAGAGGCCAAACCAGUCCCCCACUGGGCGAAAGUCCUCAUCAUUGAUUACAUGUCCAAGAUUUUCUUUGUUUAUGAGGUAGGUGAGAACUGUGCCUCUGCCUCCUCCUCUUCAUCUUCUCACUCCCCCCAGGAUGACAUCCGUCAUCAGCACCUCAGCUCCCACAUUCAUGCGAAUGGAAAACCAGGGAACCAGAAGGUCCCCUGCUGCCCUGAAGACAAAAAACCUCCACUUCAAGGUCCCACUGUAACCUUUGGCCCUUGUGUGUUCUGUAGUCACGGUGUGGACACCAAGCUGGUGCGCAAUGUUGAGUAUAUUGCCAACUGUUUCAGAGAGCAGAGGGCUACAUGCGCCAAGGGGGCAGAGUGGAAGAAGAUUGCUAAGGUGAUGGACAGAUUCUUCAUGUGGAUCUUCUUCAUCAUGGUUUUCCUCAUGAGCAUCCUCAUCAUUGGCAAGGCACCGUGA